GGUUAUGGGGUGACUGAUUGUGCAUGGAGCUGCUCUCCUCGAAUCUCGCGGAAAGGUCCCAAAUUUGCAACCCUGCCAGAGAAACGACUGGCCGUUGCUUCGGUCACAGAGGCUUCCGGAUGACGUGGCUUCCACUGCAAAGCGUGCGUGGCUCAGCCCGUGCGGAGAAAUUUUCAUAUUCUACAAUUUUUUUUGUUUCGCGCAAGUUUAAAGGGGUUGUGUGUCAUGUGUUCGUGCUCAGGGUUUUUAUAAUAUGGAAGGAAAACAAUUUUUACGUGCUAUAGCUAGUGAUGCAUAAUGUGAGUGAGUUACAGAUCAUGGCACACACUUUAUGUUUCAGCUCUGACAUCAGAGGGGUGAGAGCUUUGACUAUCAUGUGACCUCUGGAAGCCACCUCAUUGGCAGAGAUGCUUGCAGUGAUGUCGGAGCUGUAUGAGUUUCUGUAUUGUACAUGUGGAGUUUCCGUGUGUUUAUUGUCCCUGUAGAUCUGAAACACAGAUAACCUUUCCUUUUUUUUUUUAUGUCUAUCAGGUAUAAUCUGGGUCAGAGUGCCACAACCCCUCUAAUGGGUUUGGUUGUAGCCUUCCAUAUUAUAGUAUAGGCUUGUUUUACUGUUUCUUGUUGCUUCUUGAUCUGUUUGAUAUAGCUGUAUCUCGAGUUGUCUUUUAAGCUUUGAAUCUACCAAUUCAAGUAUUGUGUGUUCAGACUGUAACUGAGGCAAACACUUGUAACAUGAGCUUAGUGUGUUCUAGUCAUUAGAUCACAUUGUGCCACAAGGACAGUAUUGUUUUUAUUUUGUACAAUUUAAAAAAACAAUUUGCAAUUGAGCACCAGUCUCAUAUGAUUCCCAUUUUGAACAGCACUGACCAUACUGAGCACUCGGUAUGAUAUUUUACUUAAACCGAACCAAGUUGGUGCGUAUGCUUAUGGCCCCUUACAUCCAGACUUGUGUGUAUUCUUUUCUGCUUAGCUGAUUUCAGUGGAAGAUCUUGUCACAUAACAAACUUGACUCUCGUAACAAACUUGCUGCCUCUUCCGUAAUAUAAAAUUCAAUCCAGUUUCUUUUCUCUAAUUUUUUUUUUUUUUAAAGCAUCUUCCAUCCGAUUAGCUUAUAAGCGCACAAGUCUGAGUACAGGCUCACGGGACGCCGGCCAGCCUAAUGAGAUCUGAGAGGGGUGUUUCCAGCGUGGAGCUUGUUGCCAAAAGUGGUCCUCAAACGGAUGUUCUUCCACACGUAGGAAAACAGACGACGCCUCGGAGGAAGGCGGGGAGAGAUUCGCACGUCUUCUUGGCCCCUGCAAGUUGCGCGACUCGUGUGUAUCACUGUCGCGCUUGCGGCAAGACUUUUACCAGGAAGCAUACCAUGGUGAACCAUUUUUGCGUUUGAUACGGCUGCUGCAGUAUACUAUUGUGCACUCCAUGUUUUUUUUUUCUUUUUUUUUUUUUUAUGUGUGUGUGUUGUUGUUUUGUAAUGAGAGAACCGUGGAGUGAGAAACAUGGGGCUUCUGCUAUAACCGCAGUAAAUAAGCAAUACGAAAUCAUGGAAGCUCGUUGGUCAGCGUAGCGCUGCGUUCUUGAAGGGUUCUCUUACAUAUUUAUCAUCUGUGAGGUAUUGAAAUCGUUGGGAGAAAUCAAACUGAUUUGUAAUGUAAUGUAGUAAAAAAAAAUGCACUGUUCACUGAUAACAGUAAGUGGCAUCUAAUGUGGAUUAAUUGCAACAUAAGCACGCUUUUCUACUGAACAGAACAGGACUGAAAGUUUACAAUUGAGAGCUUGAUGCCAUCAAAAGACAGAUUCCCUAAACGCAAGUGCUGCGUUCCUCCUUGGGUCCGUGUCAGCAAUAAUAAAAUAUAAGAGGGGAAAAAGGAAUAACUAUAUUAUUAUGUAUGUAUUUGUUGUAUGUAUUUGUACUUUCUAUGUGUUCCAGCCUCAGAACAUCAAUCGUCUCAUAUAUUAAUACUAUGACUAUGUUGUUAUUGUCAGAUUGGUUAAGGACCUGUUAUAGUCUGGGUUUUGAGUUUGCCACAGAAAUUCCAGACAUUCAAUCUGAUUUCAUUUCACAAAGUACCCCCAAAAUGAUAACCAGUACAAACUAAAGAAAUAUCCUAUCUGGGAUCCCGUGUACUUUACAUUUUCACUGCUUCUGGAAUGAGAGCUUUUCGUUUACAUGCUAUACAACUGCAACACAUUCCUGAGCUAUUCAACAUUUGUUCUUGCAUUGUGCAGCGUACAAGAGUUUUUGUCACUGCUCGUGGUGAAACUACUUCAGUGUGUAGCAUUUUUUGUACAAAACUUACCUAACCAUUGUUAUACCUGCUUCUUCAAUUUUGUUUCUUUGGUUUGGCUACUACUGAUUCUGUGUCGAUUCUCUGAAUUGUAAGGCAAAUGAAAUGGUAUUGCAGAGAAAUACGGCUUUGAACUUUGAACAUACAGUGGAACAACAAAGGGUGGAAUUUUAGGGUAUAAUGUCACAAAGUUUUAUGUUCCGAAGUGUGCUAUGUGUGCAGAGAAGUAUGUGUGGUGUUUCUUCUUUUUGACGCAAAUUUGUCUCUCUGAGUUCAUAAAUGCUUCGAAAACAAUGAAGUGUUUUGAUUGCACCCACUUAUGUAUUUACACAAAAUACGUGUACAAGCCGGCUGCUUAAUGUAAUGUAUGCUGCUCUGUUGUUUCCACUUGCAUUACUUUGUAAGAUGACUUGCGUGACGUUUACAAAUUUUAAUUGUGUAGAGCAACAGCGUCAGUGAUCACACGUGCGUGAAAAUACCUGGUAUGUACUGGCAGGUUUGUGUUUUGUGACAUUUAUUGCUAAGAUCAUUUUAAUUAAUAGCUUUUAAUCACUGGCUUCUUCUAGACAUUUUUGAGUAUCUGCAUAUUUUCUGUGGCAGAGAUCUUAUUCUCCAGACCACAUUAAACACAACCAAAUGGACAUCACUGGAUUCUACAUAAUAUGGCUUGUUCUUGCUCACCACUGAAAAUGUUUAUAUGUGCACAUCUUUCCGUGUAAAUUUAGAAUCUCCGCUUUGUAUUAGGAGCCCUGCUCUGUCUUACCAAAAACUGAUAUAAUUUGAUGCUUCGGAAUAUGUAGUUAUUUUAGUAUUCUUACUUGCACAGCCUUUCUGUGCAAGGUUUCCUUCCUGACUAAACACAUAAGAAUUGUUCUAGAAAUUUGAUGCCACUUUGUCUGUCAGUGAAACAGCCAAUGAUCUCUGAAUACAAGCAUGUAUGUAGCUCUGUAUAUGCAAAUUCCAUGCCAUUAUGAUGGCAGCGUAUUUGAGCAUAACUUCCUAUUAUUGUUUUUUGUGCAUUGUGCCGUAUAUUGUCACUCACCUUUUCUUUUGAAGGGUACAGUCUGUAGGCUCGACCGAAUGCUUUUAUCUGCGUGUUGGGCUUUUCGAAAUGGCCGCGACACGUAGCUCUGUGUAACGUCGCGUGAUAUUGUAGCUUCCCAUGUAACAUAGCUGUACAUAGUUGGUGAAAAGUAAUCUGCACGCAGUUAUUUGCCUUUCUUUUAUAGCUUAGUGUGGUCAUUUAGGCUUCCACCUUUGCACGAUUUCAGCAUGCGGUUCAUGUACCUGUUCUUUGGCAAGUCGUGGCUGUAAAUGAGAAGGUGCACAAUAAAUUUCUCACGUUACUUUACCUUAUUACCUUACUUUACCAUCAUCUUUCUCACCACCUCUGGUAUGUGUUUUACAGCUACACUGUUAAUGUAAAAGAUGAGCUCUACCUUUUGGAACAUGCCCUCAUUGCAUUAUGGAUACAAAAUCCCACAUUAUACUCAACAUUGUGGUGAGAUAGCAGCCGAACAAUUGUCUCCAUAGAUGAUGUCGUGAUGUAGAGUAUGCUGUAUGUCCAGGAACGGAAGUGACAGGUGUGCACAAAUGAAAUGACGGCAGAGUAUAUAAAAUUGAUACAAGAAAGUGUGGUUUCCUUUAGUCUCCCAAAAUAAUAAGUGUUGGAAUAUACAGUUCCAUAGUGUUAUAUGCAAGAAUUUAAAGAUCAUAGGCCACUUGGCAAUUUAAUGUCACAAUGAUCCGCAUGACCGUUUUAUGACCGAGGAAUGAUCCAUGCCAACAUUACCUCUGGGACCGUUCCUUUCUAGGGGUAUACACAUAUUUUUAGAAAUUUUCUUUUCCUUUUUUUUUUAAAUUACAUUAUCAUUAGUAUCAAACUGUGACAAGUAACACCUAGUAGGCAUCAGAAAUGUUUCCUCCCUUCCAUAUUUGUAGUUGCCACAGUGAUUGCACCCUCGAAGAAAUGACUGUAUGUACUGCCCAAUUAAAAAGCUAAAGUAAGAAAACAAUAGAAGAAAUGAAUUUAAAUAUACAAGAACGAAAGAUAAGCAUUCGAAUAAUUUCAAAUAAACGACUUGUCGUACAACAACGGUGGUCUCCAAAGUUGUGAACUUCGGAAAAAUCUUUCUCUUCCUGUUGUUGUUGUUGUUUUCGUGCCCGUCCGUUGUUAGCUGCUUUGUUCGCUCGUUGAAUGUAUAUAUCUCGAUGCUCUUUCCAGAAGCAAAUUGUGAGCGCGUCGGACGGUUGUGCUGCCACUUCUGUAACUACACGACGUCUUACAGCACGACGCUGGUGCGGCACAUUAGAACUCACACGGGCGAACGCCCCUACCGGUGCAUCAAUUGCUCCAAAGGGUUUACCACAAAGCAGCAGCUGGAGAAGCACUGCACCCAGCCCACCAGGCCGUGCUUCCUCCCGUUUGUGUGCGGCCGCUGUUCGCUGCGCUUUGCAACAGCGUCCUCGUACCAGCAUCAUCAAGAAGUAGAACACGGUUUUGUCAGUGUGGAAAAAAAAAUUCCAGUACCCCUGCGUAUCCCGAGCGGGCUGAGCCUGACUGCCGGGAAGCAGCGCAAGUUUCCCUGCAGCUUCUGCAGCUACACGAGCGACUACCGGGCCAAGCUGAACCGGCACAUGCGCCUGCACACGGGCGAACGCCCCUUCACCUGCGACAUCUGCGGCCGGGCGUUUUCGCGCAAGGACCACCUCCAGAAACACCUGCCGACGCACGAGGGACGUCCCAAGGACCACCACGGGAUCAUGGACUUCCUGCCGAGCCUGCUGGGGAUUGCGUCCCAACAUCCGUACCGGUGUAAGCUUUGCGGACGGGGAUUCAUUCAGAAGCACCAUUUUGAGAGACACGCCAAAACGCAUAACGAGCACUUUGUCGAUUAUUGACUCGAGGGGUGCAGCAGGUUGUGAGAAACACUGCCGGUAACUUUUCUUGUUUUUUGGGGGCGGGGG